AUGGAAGAACUCACCGCCUUUGUGUCCAAGUCUUUUGAUCAGAAAGUGAAGGAAAAGAAGGAGGUGAUCACGUACCGGGAAGUGCUCGAGACUGGGUCGGCACGGGGAAGAGAGAAUCUCACAGCCGAACCGAAUCGCGAGGAAGUGAACGCUAUUACGCGAGGUAGCACGCGAUCGCCGGGCAGGGAACCAGACAUGGUUGGGCCAGAGAGAGCCAGGGAUAUGAGCAGCCCGAAACUUAUAGACGGUAAUACGGACAUGAAAGAGCGAAAAGAGGACUCUAAACCAAUGGAAGAUGAGACACAGACUAAAAUAAAACAGAGGAGAAGUCGGACUAAUUUUACUCUGGAACAACUGAAUGAGCUCGAGCGACUGUUCGAUGAGACUCACUACCCGGACGCCUUCAUGCGCGAGGAGCUAAGCCAGCGGCUCGGGCUCUCCGAAGCCCGUGUGCAAGUUUGGUUUCAAAAUCGGAGAGCCAAGUGCAGAAAGCAGGAAAAUCAGUUACAUAAAGGGGUACUUAUUGGAGCAGCGAAUCAGUUUGAAGCGUGUCGUGUCGCACCAUAUGUCAACGUGGGAGCUUUGCGUAUGCCAUUCCAACAGGAUAGUCAUUGCAACGUGCCGCCCUUCUCCUUUCAGGUGCAGGCGCAACUGCAGCUGGACAGCGCGGUGGCUCAUGCGCACCAUCACCUGCAUUCUCACCUGGCGGCGCACGCACCUUACAUGAUGUUUCCUGCGCCGCCAUUUGGGUUGCCCUUGGCGACGCUCGCGGCAGAAUCCGCCUCAGCAGCUUCAGUGGCGGCUGCAGCUGCGGCAGCUAAAAACACCAACAAAAACUCCAGCAUCGCAGACCUCAGACUGAAGGCCAAAAAACACGCGGCGGCAUUGGGACUGUGA